AUGAAGGCCGAUAUAAUUCUCCAAGUCCUCUUGGCUACGGCCCAUUUAGUUACUGCCCAAGGUAGCCCUCAAGUUGCUGAUGUGGCGGCCAUUAGCAGACGUCAAAACAAUGGUGGUGGACCAGGGAAUGGAGGUGGACCAGGGAAUGGUGGCGGGCCAGGCAAUGGUGGUGGUCCAGGCAAUGGUGGUGGUCCAGGCAAUGGUGGUGGUCCAGGCAAUGGAGUCAGACCCUACCCAUCAAAGGAGAGUACGACUCUCAUUAUUGGCGGGCAAGCAGCAGCGGGACAAGUUCAAGGGGCAACUUGCAAAUGUACUCCUGAUGCUGUGGAUGCGACCGCUUUUCAGGCGCAGGGAAGCAUCAUAGACGGUACAAUAAUUUACAAAACGAGUUCCGACACCACUCCUCCAAGAAGGCCGUACGGCAAGAGACAAGAAGGUCAGGAUGAGGACGAAUUUGCCGCACAGAAUUUUGGAGGAGGUCGUCGUCCAAAACCAAGACCAACAACAGCGACCCCAGCGCCCGGGAGUACUGCGGCAGCUAUAGGCGCGCAGCUUGAAGCAUCAGGAGUGGAAGGUCCUUCUCUCGAAUACAACAGGGAUGGCUCAUUUUCAACUACGCCUAUCUCCGCUUAUCAGAUUGGUGGCCAAGUUGGUGCAGCAGAAUGCGAAUGUCCUCCUGGCCACAAGCCUUACCACCCCAGAGAGGAAGAGGCUGGUGCGACUGAUCCAGCUUCUGGGCAUGGAGGCGAUGAACAUGAAGGAGAAGGACAUGAAGGAGAAGGACACGGAGAAGAGGGACAUGGAGGUAGACCAGGUAAACCAGACAAUGACAACAAGGACAAAAACGGCAACAAAAAUGGAAAUGAAAAUGCCAACCUCAACAGCAAUGUCAACGUAAACCAGAACGAGAAUACCAAUGUCAACCAGAACACAAACUACAACAUCAAUGACAACAUCAACAAGAAUUUGGGCUUCAACUUCAACAAGGGCCAAAACAACAACGGUUGGGGACCAUGGUACGGAGGAAGCAAAGCCGCUGCAGUCGCUGCAGUCGCCGGCUCCCCCAGCGAUGUUGCAGCACCCGCCUCUACCGGUGAUGUUGCAGGUGUUUUGGCUGCAUCUGACCCAGCCUCCUCGAAUGCUGCUUUCAUCCCAGAAGUCUCCACCGGUACCUCUGGUAUCGAGCAAUUCACUGGUGCCGGUUCCAGCAUCGCUUUCUCCGCAUGGGGAUUCGUUGCUGCCAUCUUUGCCAUUGCCAACGUUCUGUAG